AUCCCGCAGUGAUAUGCUGUCGGUCUGGGCUUGCGCAAUCACGGGCUACUCGGCUGUGAUGAGCACGCCGGGCUGCCGUGCCUGCGCGUGGAUGAGUACGCCGGGCAGCCGUGCCUGCGCGCGGAUGAGCACGCCGGGAGAGCGCGCCGACCUGGGCGAGGACGGGCUCGCCGGGGCACAGUGGUCCCGAGCCAAAUGGGCAACGGAGAGAGAGACGACCGAUGACGGGGCGUGCUACAUUGUCGAGGACGAGGACGCCCCGGAUCCGUCCAAGCAGUGGUUCUUCUGCUCCGACCCGGCAGAGGACGACAGCAUGCAGUGCGAGCUCGUGCCGGAGUGGAUGGGAACAGCGCCUGACGGAGGGCACGCGGUCUGGCUCUGCUCGAAGCCAAAGGUGACGAAGUAGCCCCGCAGUCUCCUCCCGGAGCGCGCAGGUUGCAGUCGCUUGCCCUUGGCAAGCCGAGCUCUGUCGCGGUCCUGCGAGAUCGCGCCUUGGCGCCGGAUGGCCCUGGGCGAGCGUGUACGUUGUCGGUGUGUGAGAGCGCGAGCGUACAUCUCCCUUCCCAUGAGUACCGCCACACAUGUCUCCGUCCGCAUGUUCGAUGUUGAGAGCGUGCGCUGCGCGUCCCUCUGCCUCUCUCGCUCUGUCUCUGCGCGUAGGUACUCAUGCACAACUCGCUGCGGUGCCUCUCUCAGAGGGAUUCGCCGUACAAAAACGAAUACAAAUGGAA